CCUCCAGCGACCGGAACGCUGCGACGUCGGCGGGGACCACACGGUCUCAAAGAAGGGUCCGUGGACCGCUGCCGAGGACGCGAUCCUUAUGGGCUACGUCCACAACACGGAGAGGGGAACUGCGAACGCGGUCAGAAGAACUGCGCGCUGGCCCGCUGCGGCAAGAGCUGCAGGCUUCGGUGGGCCAACCACCUCGCGGCCAAUCUCAAGAAGGGAUCGUUCACUGAGGAAGAGAUGCUUAUUCUCCAGCUGCAUGCUCAGCUGGGAAAUAAAUGGGCUCGGAUGGGCCGCGAGUUGCCCGGCCGGACUGAUAACGAGAUUAAAAACUUGCUGGAACACGAGGGUCAAGAGGCGGCAGAGGCUGGGCUCCCGUUGUACCCUAACGAGAUCCGGCAGCAAGCAGCAGCGAGGACCAGACCGUCGCCCUUGAACUUGCCCUCUUCCACGUCGCCGGCGGCGAUGCCUUUGCUAUUCUGCGCCGGGAGAUCAAAGAAUGAAGGGGGUGUGGGUUUCGACGCCGCCGGACGACGGCGUACGGGUAACAUGUUUCAUGAGUAUGGUUACGACGGGAGCGGCGGCGGGAGUUAUAACGAGACGCCGAGAUCGUCGCUGAUGACGCCGAUUAUUCGCCGCGACGGUGAAGACGCGAGCUCCCUUCAUACCAAUUGUUUAAUGCCGGCCCUCGCGGCCCUGAGAACGGGUGCAGGCUGUUGGAUGCGAUGGCUGGAGGAGACGGGGGUGAGCGAGGGUUCGGCGCGGAGGGAGAUGGUGGUGGCUUUGAGCCAAUCGUAG